AUGCACAUUUUAGUCUACUUUGGAGUCCCUGCCAUUGCUUUCAUUGCAAUUUAUUUCAUUGUGAAGAAACUGCAAGGUAAAGAGAACAAGAGAUUUAUCAAGCCUGCUACAGUCCUUUUGCACCAAUUACCUCCCUCCGAUUUAGCUGUAAGUGGAUCCCCACCGUGUUUAAAGCUGGAAACUUUUCUUCGAAUGACAAAAAUACCCUACGAAAGUGAAUACGGUAUGAAGUUCUCAAAGAAAGGAAAAGUGCCCUGGAUCGAAUUCAACGGCCAAGAAAUUGCCGAUUCUAACUUUUGCAUUCGAUUUCUUAUGAAAGAGUUUCGAGUGGAUAUGGAUUCGCAUCUGAAUUUCACGGACAGAGCCGUUGGUCACAGCAUACGUAGAAUGUUGGAGGAAAACACUUAUUGGUAGGUAAACAAAAACUCGUAGUUUUGAUACUUCAGGUUUCAUACCGAAUUUCGUGCUUUUAAGAGAUGUUGAUUAUAUUUUGGACACGCUCGUUGAUUCGCAGAAGCAAAUGCUAAUACUGGGCAUUUUUGUACGACUACGUCACACAUCACGGAAAUAUGAAACAAAAGGUUAUGAGGAUGAGGUUAAGGUUAUAUUAUAGAGAUGCUCGUAUUGCUAUUUCGAUAACUUCGUUUUGCUCAUCAAGUGGAGCUCUACACAUUUUCCCAGGUCCGAUCUGAGUUACUUUAUCGAAAUAGUGAGAUACAUUUUAUAAGCUUAAGCGCCCAUGAGUUUCGUAGGGUCAUAAAUAGAUUCAUUUACAUGACCAUAAAGUUCUUCUACAAAGCAAAGCCAUCCGACGUCACAAAAAGAUAAGAUUGUAACAGAUUUGAAAUAAGGAAAAAAUAAUAAAUAAAUAUUAAGGAUGAAGGGAAGGCUUAGGAUCAAACUUGAAGAUAGCAUGAUUGUACAUUCAGAUUCCAAUGUGGGAUGAUUUGGAUCAAGGUAAGAGUAAUAUCUUAUCCUGGGGAUCAGGACAGACAAGUUACAAUUCAUUCGGCGUUAAAUUUAUUUUCGUUUCUUUAGAAAGUUUUAGGUUAGUGUCUUACGGACGAAAAACAUGGAAAACAUUUUGAGCUUUUUCUAUUACUUUUUAGAGGGUGGGAGGGGGGGGGGGGUUGAAAUGGGCAGAACAAUUCCUUUCUUCAAAGGGAAGCUAAUUUAAGAAACAUUUUAAUAUUUUAUUGAUUACAUAUUUUGCUGGUCGAAGGUAUUUUCACCUUAUUGCUGGGACCCACGCUUCAAAUUUGGGGGGUUUGUGAAAAAAGAUAAAAUAAUAAUUUUUUGGGGGGGGGAAGAACGAAAAAUAUAAAUUUUUUUCUGGUUUAAUUUUUUUUUUUUUUUUUAGAAAAUUUUUGAGUUUUGGUUUGCCGGGAAAAAAAAAUGAAAAAUUUUUUGUUUUUUUUUUUUUUUUUUUUGGGGGGGGGGGGGGGGGGGGGGGGGGCUGAAAUCGCCAGAACAAUUCCUUUCUUCAAAGUGAAGCUAAUUUAAGAAACAUUUUCAUAUCUUACUGAUUACAUAAUUUGCUUGUCGAAGGUAUUUUCACCUUACUGCUAGGAACCAGGCUUCAAAUUUUAAAGGUUUCACCGUGUUUGCUUUUUUGCAUGGGACGGUUCACCUUGUACAAUCCUGGGACCAAGCUGAAUAGGACUCAGGUUGAUUUGAAUCAAAGACAGAGGAAGCUUUGCUUCUUUACCCUUCCCAACAUUCCCCGCAACCCCCACUACUUUACACAAAGACGUAGGGACUGGGAACAAGUCAAGCAAGGUCCACUCUCUUGAUGGACAAGGACAAGGUUUAAAUUUGCUUUUUGUGUUUGAUUGGCAGGACUGUUGCGUAUUACCGUUGGUUCUCCGACUUCGCCCCAGGGAUGAGAGAGCAGUUGUUUGGUCAACUUUUUCUGCCUCUUAAGUAUCUGGUAUUUUACAUGAUUAAGAGAAAGGUUUGGAAGGAUUUGUGGAGCCACGGUAUCGGUCGCCAUACUGAGCAGGAAAUUUACGGAAUUGCUGAAAGAGAUCUGCUGGCGGUCUCUGAAAUCCUGGGCCAAAAGAAAUUUCUGUUUGGUGACAAGCCUUGCCUAGCUGACGCUGGAUUGUUUGCCUUUAUCGCUGGCUCAGCUUGGGAUUGCCCAGCGAGUCCAUUUUCAAAAAUAAUUAAAACAAAAGCUACGAAUCUUGGUGAGCACGCUCAGAGAAUGAAAGAAUUGUAUUAUCCGGAUUGGGAUAGGAUCAUCGCCAAGAAAAACAAAUCUGAGUAG